AUGGCUUCGGAUCAGGAUUUCUCGACCUCCUUCAUUCCGGCAUUGUAUAAGCCAGCAGCACUUUUGCCUAUUGCACGACACAGAGCAAGCCUCCUGUACCUGGUUGAGACAUACCCGGUCACCAUAGUGGUUGGUCAAACCGGAAGCGGGAAAACAACUCAACUUCCCCAAUAUCUCGAUCAAGCAGGCUGGUGUGAAGAUGGAAAGGUCAUUGCUGUAACUCAGCCUCGACGGGUGGCCGCUACUACCGUUGCCACGCGAGUUGCAGAGGAGAUGCGCUGCAAGGUGGGAGAAGAGGUAGGCUACUCAAUCCGAUUUGAGGAUUUGACCUCUGCUACAACCAGGGUGAAAUUCCUCACAGAUGGAAUGUUGCUCAGAGAAGCAUUGGUUGAUCCUCUAUUAUCCCGCUACUCUGUGAUUAUGGUUGAUGAGGCUCACGAGAGGUCCCUGAGCACCGACGUCCUCCUCGGCAUUCUGAAAAAGAUCAUGAAGAAACGUCCUGAGCUCCGUAUUAUUAUAAGUAGUGCGACGCUGCAAGCAGAGGACUUUCUUAGAUUCUUUGCUGGGGACGAGUAUCAACCCGAGGCAGAGCCAGCCGACCUUGGCGGGAAAAUAGGGAGAAUCAUAAGCAUAGAAGGGAGAAUGUAUUCUGUGGAUAAAUUAUUCCUUGAAUCCCCUGCGGAAGACUAUGUUGAGAGAGCGGUCAAAACCGUCUUCGAUAUUCACACACAAGAAGCAGAAGGCGAUGUGCUUGUAUUCUUGACAGGCAGGGAAGAGAUCGACCGCGCAAUCCAACUGAUAUCUGAACGAGCUGCAUCUCUUCACCCAAAAUCCCCUUCUUUGCUCUCAUUGCCGUUGUAUGCUGGCCUUACUACGGACCAGCAAAUGUACGUCUUCGAACCGGCUCCGGAAAACACACGAAAAGUCAUUGUGUCAACCAAUAUUGCAGAGGCCUCGGUCACAAUUGAGGGAAUUGUGUAUGUCAUUGACUGUGGUUUCGCCAAACUCCGUGCUUAUAAUCCCAGCACUGGGAUCGAAACUUUGACAGCGGUGUCAAUUUCCAAGGCCUCCGCUACUCAACGGGCUGGUCGAGCUGGAAGAACAAGACCUGGCAAAUGUUUUCGUCUUUACACGCAGUCGACUUACGAGCAGCUUCCAGAAGCGACCGUUCCUGAGAUUCAGCGAGCAAAUCUUGCUCCUAUCGUCAUGCAGUUGAAAGCAUUGGGCAUCGAUAACAUUGUUCGGUUCGACUUUUUGACAUCACCACCUGCAGAGCUUGUGAUCCGCGCCUUUGAGCUCUUGUAUUCCCUUGGUGCAGUGGAUGACUAUGCCAAACUCACCAAACCGCUAGGUAUGCGGAUGGCAGAGCUUGCAGUAGAUCCAAUGAUGGCCAAGGUUUUGUUGGCUGCUCCUGCAUUCAAAUGUUUGAGUGAGAUUCUUUCAAUUGCAGCCAUGGUCAGUCUUCAAGGGACUGUCUGGGUUCAACACAGUGACAAUAAGAAGGCUGCAGACAGUCACCGACGCAAAUUCGCCGUUGAAGAAGGUGAUCACCUCACCUACCUGAACGUGUACCAGGCAUUUGUCACGAAGGGCAAAAAGGAUUCAAAGUGGUGUCGUGACAACUUGUUGAACUACCGUGCUUUAUUACGGGCAGUCAGUGUUCGCGGCCAGUUGAAACGGUACCUGGAACGUUUCGGCAUCAAGGUUGACGAGACUCUAUCGUCUCACCAACAAACCGUCGAUCCACGCAGACAGCCGGAGCAGAUUCAGCGAUGUCUCACCACUGGCUACUUUGCUCAUGCUGCGAAGAUGCAGCCAGAUGGCACCUUCAAGACCGUCAGUGGGGGUCUGACUCUACACGCACACCCUAGUUCCUUGAUGUUUAAUCGAAAAGCAGAUUGGGUCAUCUUCCAUGAAAUUAUGCAAACUGGCGACAAAACCUACAUUCGUGACAUCACAAAGAUUGAGAAAAGCUAUCUCUUGGAAUAUGCACCAGAAUACUACAGGGUGAACUAG